AUGCAAGCUUCCACAGAUCACGAGCGGCGCUGCUACUGCGGGAAGCUGUAUCAAACCAUAUCGUCGCUAGGGCGACAUACAAGAGGAUGCCCUGCAUUCUCUGAUGAUUGUAAGCGGUUUCUGCGACUACUCGCGUAUCUGGAGCCUGGACCCGUGCCCGGUGACCUUUUCCGUCGAGCUCUGUUCCCCUUUCGAAAAUGGAACGAAAACGGAAACGAAUCUCGGGAACGGCCAUUCCAGCUUCCCGACAUUUUCUCCGACGAAGGCCGACUAGUUAAGGCAGUAAUGGAUGCGAUCGACACCCAUGCCGUGCGUGUGACGAUUGGAUCAUCAGUGUCUCGGGGGGACCCGUGGUGGGCACACCGUAAUUUCGAACUGCCAGAAUCCUCACGGAUAUUUAUCCAAAAUAGUGUUGACUCUUUGAGUGGGCAGCUGGAUUCGGCAAGACUUGUUUUCCAUGGGUUUCCCAUCUCUGAUCUCGAUAUCAGAUUUAUCGAGAAAGGAAACGCGCUCCUGCCUUUCGUAGUCCCUCUCUUGUACAAGCUCCCCGUAAAUAAGCUACUACCGGGGGAGCUUCCUAGCACGAUUGAAGUGUGUAUCUCCAUGUCGCAUUUCGGGGACCUCGACUUCAAAGAGAAUGCAUUGGCAGUGGCGGAAACCCUGGCGGGCCGAAUAGGGCCGUCGCCCCUUGACUUCAGUAUCGCUCUACGCAAAGCUACCCUAGCUCUAGCUGGUGGGCAAAUGCUAUCUGUCUGGCCGUCCCCUGGGUUGGACCGAAAGGGAAAUAGUCAGCGAGCAGAGGCGGUACUUCUCCGCGCCCAGCAGUGUGUUGAACUUGGCCACGUAUCUGAGGCCUGGGAACUGGUCGGUCAGUGGACACCAUUUCACGCUGCCCAGCCUUCGAGUCUUGAGACUGUUAUGUCUUCGCGCAUGGACUUUAUGAAAGGCAAACUGCAUCGUUUCCGAGGGAAUUUUGGAGCAGCUCGUCAGUACCUCGAACCUCUUUCCAGCCAACACCCUCCAACUCGGGUACAGUUCUCAGCUCGCCUACACCUCAUUGCCGUGUAUACCGAGCUUGGUCUCUGGGAGAAGGCACAAACCGUGGCGGGUGGCAUCGAGAUUGCAAGUGGGCGGCAACGUCGCCUUUACCGGCUAGCACAGGCGGAGCUGCUGCUUUCCCGAGUCCUCUGCGGGUUCGAGGAGGAUCUUCCGCCCGCGAAGCGUCUAUUUGCGGAAAUUGUUAGCGAAUACGAAGGGCUGGGGAGGGUGUCUGGGAAAACAAUGAGAAGGAACUUCUUUCGCGCAUGCUUCGGCCUUGCCGUCAUCGGCCACCUGCAGCGAAGGGGCCAGGCUCUGUUCGGUGCCUUGGGUGCCCUGAGCGGCUGGGAGCUUGCAUACCGAGCAGCUCGGGAGUGCUUGGUUGUUGCCGAGGGCUUCCCCGAUCUGAUAUGUCACUUAGCUAUGGCCCAGGUGCAAUUGUCCUCCGUCGCCGUUCAGUCAGCUCCUUCCCUGGAGCGAGCCAAACAGAUCUGGGCCGACUUGACAAGUCAAGGCCUUGAGCAGAGGUUCUGUUUCACAAACCUUGGAACUCGCUGGGUUGACAUGGUAUCUGAGUGGCUGGAAGCCUCGGGCUGUCCACGUAUCGUCUCACAGUGGGGUGGAACUGCAGGUAACGCACGGGAAGGAGACUAG